AUGAAUUCUCCUGGUGAUUCAAUUGAUGACAUUAUUAGUUUAUUAAACAAACACUAUCAUCCAAAUUGUAAUUAAGAACAACAAUCUUAAUAAAAUUCAAGACCUAAGGCAGGUAUUGGAAAUGUUAUGCUUCCUCAAAUAAAAUAAUAAUUGAAUGUGUUGAGCGCAAUUCCGAAUACUUAUAAUAAUAAUUCAGAUAAAUUCAAAAGAAAGGCAGCAAGUUUAAAUAGAUAGCAACAACCGAAAUCACAAACCAAAGACACUAAUUCCUUUUUGAUUCCAAUGACCAGAUAUUUAACUUUUAAGCCCUAUUCUGGAAGCACUGAUAUAAUAAUAAAUGAUGUUGGUUAUUAUUAUAAAUUUGGAAGCAGUCCAAUAAAACUGGUAAAAGGACUAUUGGAAGAAAAUGGCUUCAAAGAAAACAAUGAUAAAAAUUGGACUUUGUAUUGGUCUUCAUGUGCAAUAAGAUCAGAAAUUUAUACAAAUUUAUUUGCUUAUUAAAAAGUAUGUCACUUUCCAAAAUCUUAUGAAAUGACUCGAAAAGAUUUAAUGCACCGUAACAUUUCAAAAAUGUAAAUAAAUCAUGGAUUUAUCAAUUUUAAUUUUAUCCCAAAGACAUACAUAUUGCCAGCAGAGAUGAGUUAUUUUUUAGAAGAACAUGAGAAAAUUAAAAAUAACAAUCCUGUCUACAUAUGUAAACCACAUGCUAGUUCUUAAGGGAAAGGCAUUUUCAUUACCGAUAAGAUAUAAGAUAUAUUAAAUAAAUAGAAUUCCAAUAAUUCAUAUGUUGUUUCACAUUAUAUCGAUAAACCACUCUUGAUAAACAAUCUAAAAUUUGAUUUGAGAAUUUAUGUAGCUAUUACUUGUAUAAAUCCUUUGAGAAUAUAUGUGUAUUAGGAUGGAUUGGCAAGAUUUGCUACUGAAGCCUAUAAUCCUGAUUCUGUAAAGUAGAAUAGGUUUGUACACUUAACUAAUUAUUCUGUAAAUAAAGAUUCACCCAAUUUUGUAGCCAAUUAGGAUCCAACUUUAGAUUAUUUAGGUAGUAAAUGGAGUUUGCUGGCCUUACGAGAAUACUUAAAGUUAAACAAAAUAAAUGAAUAACAAAUCUUUGAAAGAAUUGAGGAUUUAAUAAUUAAGACAAUCAUUAGUGUUGAGAGUGCCAUAUUUCAGGCAUGCGAAAUGAAUGUGCCAUUCAGAUCUAAUUGCUUUUCCUUAUUUGGAUUUGAUGUUUUGGUGGAUUAGUUUUUGAAACCUUGGCUUUUGGAAGUCAAUUUUUCACCUUCACUGAAUAUUGAUGCUCCUUUGGAUCUCAAAAUUAAAGGAGAAAUGCUAGCAGAUCUAUUCACACUUAUCGGAAUAGUACCAUUAGACUAAAGAUUUUCAUAAGAUUUAUCGUAUGUUAGAAACUAAAGCAAUUAUGAUGUUAAGAAACAUCAAUAGGAAUUUGAAAAAUAUAUCUUAAAAGAGACAGAAGAAGAAUUCAAACGAAGUAGAGGUUGGAAAAGACUAUAUCCAUCUGAUUAAAGCUCUAGAUAUAGCAAAUAUUUUGAAUCUGAUAGACCUUUAAAUGCAUUACUAAGGAAUUAUUAUAAAUGA